UAUACUUAUAAAAUAAAAAACAUUUACAUUAGCUAUUCAGAAUAUAAUAUUUAAGUAAAAUUAAGAAGUGUAAAAUGAAGGAUUGGCAAUUGAUAUAUUUUUUUAUGAUAAUUUCAUGUUUGAUAUUUAACGAAGGUAUUUUAAAUAAAGCUUUGAGUGAAAAAAAAAUAUGCCCAUUUGAAAACAGUACCAUAGAAAAAGCUGCUAGAAUUGGUGACAUUGAAACAUUAAAACUAGCUUACGAAAGUGAUUGUGAAUGGGAUGAAAAUACGACUGCUGAAGCUGCUGCAAAUGGACAUUUCGAAUGUUUAAAAUAUGCACAUGAAAAAGGAUGCCCAUGGAAUGAAAGGACAACCAGAUAUGCUGCUGCAAAUGGACAUUUCGAAUGUUUAAAAUAUGCACGCGAAAAUGGAUGCCACUGGGUUAAAGACAUAACUAGAUAUGCUGCUAUAGGAGGUAAUUUAAAUUGUUUAAAAUUUACUCAUGAAAUUGAUUGUACAUGGGAUUCAAGCAUAAAGAUUGCAGCAGCAGUAUAUGGGCGUCUAGAAUGUUUAAAAUAUGCACAUGAAAAUGGAUGUCCAUGGGAUGUAAGUAUAACGCUACAUGCUGCAUCAAAUGGGCAUUUAGAAUGUUUAAUCUAUGCACAUGAAAAUGACUGCAGUUGGAAUGCACAAACAACAAAAUAUGCUGCUGAUAAUGGAUAUUUUGAAUGUUUAAAAUAUGCCCAUGAAAAUGGAUGUCCGUGGGAUGUAAGCACAACGAUAAGUGCAGCAUCAAAUGGGCAUUUAGAAUGUUUAAUCUAUGCACAUGAAAAUGACUGCAGUUGGAAUGAAGAAACAACCAGAUAUGCCGCUGAAAAUGGACAUUUCGAAUGUUUAAAAUAUGCACAUGAAAAUGGAUGUCCAUGGGAUGUAACCACAACGAUAGCUGCUGCAUUAAAUGGGCAUUUAGAAUGUUUAAUCUAUGCACGUGAAAAUGACUGCAGUUGGAAUGAAGAAACAACCAGUUAUGCUGCUGCAAAUGGACAUUUUGAAUGUUUAAAAUAUGCACGCGAAAAUGGAUGCCACUGGGAUGAAGACAUUACUAAAUAUGCUGCAAUAGGUGGCAAUUUAAAUUGUGUAAAUUUUGUUUGCGAAAAUGGAUAUCCAUUUGAUGAUGACAUAAUUAUAGAUGCUAUUAUAAGAGGUAAUUUAGAAAUUUUAAAAUAUGCACAUAAAAAGGGAUUUCCAUGGCAUGAAAGAACAACAAAAGUGGCUGCAAGUUAUGGCAAUGUAGAAUUUUUUAAAUAUGCUCAUGAAAACGGUUGCAAAUGGGAUAGAGAAACAAUAAUUAUAGCAGCCACGAAGGGUAAUUUUGAAAUUUUAAAAUAUGCACAUCAAAAUGGAUGUCCAUUAGAUGAUAGGAUAACUAUUGUGGCCAUAAAAAAGGGUUAUUUUGAAAUUUUAAAAUAUGCACAUGAAAAUGGAUGUCCAUUAGAUGAUAGGAUAACUACUGUGGCUAUCGACAAUGGUUAUUUUGAAAUUUUAAAAUAUGCACAUGAAAAUGGAUUUCCAUUGCCCGAAGAAACAACAAAAGUAGCUGCAAGUUAUAGUAAUUUAGAAUUUUUAAAAUAUGCUCAUGAAAACGGUUGCAAAUGGGAUGAAGAUACAAUAAUUACAGCAGCCAAGAUGGGUAAUUUUGAAAUUUUAAAAUAUGCACAUGAAAAUGGAUGUCCAUUAGAUGAUAGGAUAACUACUGUGGCUAUCGACAAUGGUUAUUUUGAAAUUUUAAAAUAUGCACAUGAAAAUGGAUUUCCAUGGCCUGAAGGAACAACAAGAGUAGCUGCAAGUUAUGGUAAUUUAAAAUUUUUGAAAUAUGCUCAUAAAAACGGUUGCAAGUGGGAUGAAGAUACAAUAAUUACAGCAGCUAAGAAUGGUAAUUUAGAAGUUUUAAAAUAUGCACAUGAAAAUGGAUGUCCGUUGGAUGAUAGGAUAACUAUUGUGGCCAUCAAUAAUGGUUAUUUUAAAAUUUUAAAAUAUGUACAUGAAAAUGGAUUUCCAUGGCCUGAAGGAACAACAAGAGUAGCUGCAAGUUAUGGUAACUUAGAAUUUUUGAAAUAUGCUCAUGAAAACGGUUGCAAAUGGGAUGAAGGUACAAUAAUUACAGCAACCAUGAAAGGUAAUUUAGAUAUUUUAAAAUAUGCACAUAAAAAUGGAUGUCCAUUAGACGAUAGGAUAACUACUGUGGCUAUAGAUAAUGGUUAUUUUAAAAUUUUAAAAUAUGCACGUGAAAAUGGAUUUCCAUUGCCUGAAAAAACAACAAAAGUUGCUGCAAGUUAUGGUAAUUUAGAAUUCUUAAAAUAUGCUCAUGAAAACGGUUGCAAGUGGGAUGAAGAUACAAUAAUUACAGCAGCCAUGAAAGGUAAUUUAGAUAUAUUAAAAUAUGCACAUAAAAAUGGAUGUCCAUUAGACAAUAGGAUAACUACUGUGGCUAUAGAUAAUGGUUAUUUUAAAAUUUUAAAAUAUGCACAUGAAAAUGGAUUUCCAUUGCCUGAAAAAACAACAAAAGUUGCUGCAAGUUAUGGUAAUUUAGAAUUCUUAAAAUAUGCUCAUGAAAACGGUUGCAAGUGGGAUGAAGAUACAAUAAUUACAGCAGCCAUGAAAGGUAAUUUAGAUAUAUUAAAAUAUGCACAUAAAAAUGGAUGUCCAUUAGACAAUAGGAUAACUACUGUGGCUAUAGAUAAUGGUUAUUUUAAAAUUUUAAAAUAUGCACAUGAAAAUGGAUUUCCAUUGCCUGAAAAAACAACAAAAGUUGCUGCAAGUUAUGGUAAUUUAGAAUUCUUAAAAUAUGCUCAUGAAAACGGUUGCAAGUGGGAUGAAGAUACAAUAAUUACAGCAGCCAUGAAUGGUAAUUUAGAUAUAUUAAAAUAUGCACAUAAAAAUGGAUGUCCAUUAGACAAUAGGAUAACUACUGUGGCUAUAGAUAAUGGUUAUUUUAAAAUUUUAAAAUAUGCACAUGAAAAUGGAUUUCCAUUGCCUGAAAAAACAACAAAAGUUGCUGCAAGUUAUGGUAAUUUAGAAUUCUUAAAAUAUGCUCAUGAAAACGGUUGCAAGUGGGAUGAAGAUACAAUAAUUACAGCAGCCAUGAAUGGUAAUUUAGAUAUAUUAAAAUAUGCACAUAAAAAUGGAUGUCCAUUAGACAAUAGGAUAACUACUGUGGCUAUAGAUAAUGGUUAUUUUAAAAUUUUAAAAUAUGCACAUGAAAAUGGAUUUCCAUUGCCUGAAAAAACAACAAAAGUUGCUGCAAGUUAUGGUAAUUUAGAAUUCUUAAAAUAUGCUCAUGAAAACGGUUGCAAGUGGGAUAAAGAUACAAUAGUUACAGCAGCCAUGAAUGGUAAUUUUGAAAUUUUAAAAUAUGCACAUAAAAAUGGAUGUCCAUUAGAUGAUAGGAUAACUACUGUGGCUAUCGAUAAUGGUUAUUUUGAAAUUUUAAAAUAUGCACAUGAAAAUGGAUAUCCAUGGCCUGAAAGUACUACAAAAGUAGCUGCAAGUUAUGGUAACUUAAAAUUUUUAAAAUAUGCUCAUGAAAAUGGUUGCAAAUGGGCUGAAGGUACAACAAUAGUUACAGCAGCAAUGAAUAUUAAUUUAGAUAUUUUAAAUUAUGCACACAAAAAUGGUUGUCCAUGGGAUGAUGGUAUACUUACUGCGGCUAUUAAUAGAGGUAAUUUAAUAAUUUUAAAUUAUCUCCUUGAAAAUGGAUGUCCAUGUGAUGAGAAAACAACACAAGUUGCUGCAAGUUAUGGCAAUUUAGAAUUAUUAAAAUAUGCUCAUGAAAACAGAUGCAAAUGGGCAAUUGGCACAACUAAAUCUGCUGCUUUUUAUGGGUAUUAUGAUUGCUUAAAAUUUGCAUAUGAAAAUGGAUGUCCAUGGGAUUAUGACACAACUAGAGUUUCUGCAGCAAGUGGUUGUUUAGACUGUUUAAAAUAUGCUCAUGAAAAUGAGUGUCCAUGGCAUGAAGAAACAUUAAAUACAGCUGCCGCACAUGGUAAUUUAGAUUGUUUAAAAUAUGCAUAUGAACAUGGAUAUAAUUGGACUGAAGGUACGAUGAGAGGCGCUGCUGCCAAUCGACAAUUAGAAUGCAUCAAAUAUGCCUAUGAAAACGGUUGUAAAUGGGAUGAGGGUACAACAAGGGAAGCAGUAGCAAGUGGUUGCAUUGAUUGUCUGAAAUUUGCUCAUAAAAAUGGAUGUAAUUGGGAUGAAGGUACAAUAGUUACAGCUGCCAUGCGCGGAAAUUUAAGUUGCUUAAUAUAUGCCCAUGAAAAUGGAUGUAAAUGGGAUGAAGGCACCACAAGACUUGCUGCUGCAAAAGGUCAGUUUCGUUGUUUAAAAUAUGCCCAUGAACAUAAUUGUCCAUGGAGUAUAAAUACCAUUUAUGAAGCUACUCGAAGAGGUUUUUUGGAGAUAAUCAACUAUGCUAACAAGAAUGGCUGUAUUAAUUAGAUUACUAAAUUGUGUAUAAAAUUAACGUGUAUUAAAAAUGUAUACUAGGGGACCUUUAGCUACAUGAAAGGAUUUUUUUUUUUAAUAGUUUUAAGUGCUACCCCCUAGAAUUAUUUAAAUACAUAAAAAAAUAAACUGUACAAAAUUUGGAGACGAAUGGUCAACUAUAAGACGUGUCCCAAAGGGGUUAAUAAUAACCCCUCAAGGGUGGUUUCUUUUGUCUAUCUCAAAAAUUUAAUAUUAAUCUUAACAAUUUCAUUUUUUUCUAUUUAAUAAUGUCAAUUUCAAACUUGCUAGUUGAGCUAAAAGUUAUGGUAAUAAAUUCAUUUCUUUUUUUUUAUUAAAACUUUCACUUUAAAGGACAAAAAAAAGUAGUUUCAAAAUUAUUACUAUUAACAUAUUAAAAACCAAAAUCAAUAAUAAUUUGAAAACAAUUAAUUUUAAAAAUUAUAUACUUUAUAAUUAAAAGAAUUACUAAUAUGGGUAUAAUUAAGGAAAUAGAAGUUGAUAUUGCUUUUGUAAUUAUCCAUCAAUUUCUUAGAAUGAAACACUAUCAAUAGAUUUGCAUCGAAGCGUUUCUUAUGAUAGUGAUUUUAAUCACUGUCGGAUUAAAUUUAUACUGGACCCAACUAUGCAAUGUCUCCACUAUGCCGUGACCCCACUUUGCUGGAUUUUUAAAGUAAAAUUUAAUACGUCAUCUGGACCAGACGUAUUAAAUUAUUGAUUCCUAUUUUCUAUAAAUUCCAAAAGACUCGGCAAAAUAUAAAUAAAACAAAUUACUUAAGUGGAUACUGUUAUUUUAGAAAAAUUAAAAACAAAAAAAGACGAUAUUUUGAAAUUUAGUUUUGAACAAUUACAAAAAUACUGUAUGGUGCAGAACGCCUUUAGAAAGAUCUAGUUGAUCAGUUGUUACAAAGAUCAUUGAUUAUAUUAUUUCGUGGGACAGCUGAUCAUCAGCAUUUUGCUUUACUCACCCCCUUGCCCACCCAUCACGGCAAAUCGAUGACCUCCGUGUCGGUUUUCAUCCGUGUACAGUUUAUUGUCGUAAGUCAGUCAGUCGAUUGUUUUUUGUGUCACUUUUUUUCUGUUGCAAGCGCCUUCGCUUGAAUAGUAAAUUGUUCCGCCAUUGUACGUCGUUAUUCUUUUAUUUGUUUAUUGCACCCUUGUGCUCAAAGUUUACAUGCCCUUGCACGCCACUAGUGAUAGGGCCCUGACCAUCACUAAAUAUUAUCAUUGCCGUAUUCUGUUCUCAUCUGCCAUUACGUGCCUGGAUGUACACUCUGACUCGUCAUAUUCAGAUGUUCGACACCAUUACCACAAGAUCUCAUACAGUCCACUCAUCGUCAUCAACAGCUUCAUCUAUUCAGCUGAGUUUAUAUUAUUUGUAAUGUUAUUUAUUGUUUGUUUUAAUUGAGAUUAACUAUUUGUUUUAUGCCGCUUCGCCGGCCACUAGUAUUAAGGGGCCCCCGUUACCCCUUAAAUUUAAGAUACUCUCUGAGGAAUUUCUAAUAUAUGUGAUUAUUUGUUAUUAAAUUAUUGUCUACUCUCGUUUACUUAUUGGGUGUAUAGUUAGCCGUCAUCUCCUAGGUGACCCACUCACGCAUCAAUAAUAACGUUUUUUAAACAGGCUUAAGGUAAAACGGCAUUUUAGUGCGGUGCACAACUAGCAGUCCUACGGUCUAGCUGCCUCGCGCACCACAAAUACCAACCUCGAAAUGACUAUAAGGAACUUUUAGAAUUGGCAUAAUAUUUUUUAGUGAACACCUUUGAAUGGAAUUUAUUUUAAAAUUCCUGACUCAAUCCAUCAUGCUUGUUGGAUGGCCAAGGCCAUUUAUGGUUUGAAAAUUUUUUUGUUUAGGGGCCAAUUUGAAUUUUCAAUCAAAGAGUUAAAUAAUAUUCGUUCAUUAUGUAUUAUUAAGUUUAUAUAUUAAAAAAUGGUUUAGUGCGCCAAAUGCUACAUUAGCGCCAAAUUUUGAUUUACAAUUUAAUAAAAAUAUAAUUGUUUAUGAACCAAAAGAUAAAGGUAUUUCCAAAGUAGUUUUAAAAAAAAUUGUAGGAUUUUAAUAGUAAAUAAUGGAAAAUAUGUCGAAUUAAAAAUGUAUAGAAAAUUAAAUUCGACCGAACGAUCCGCAGUUGCCUUUAAUAUAUGAACAGCGCCUCUGUCGCUUAUCUUACACCUAUCAAAUGCAGUAGCAAGUUUGUCGGUUAAAAUAUUUUUUUUAACUCUAAAUUGGGGAAGAUUAGGUUUUUCAAUUAAUUUUUCGGUCUCAUCACACUCAUUAGAACUGUUUGAAGAUGAAUAUAACAUUUCUGAGUUAACGACAUGAUCUAUAAUAAUAAAUAUGUUGACUUACUACUUUGGAAAUAUUUUAAGAUAUUUUUUUAAUUACCUAAAAUUUCCAUUUCAUCGUAUGUUUUUCUUUUUCUUUGGAUUAUAUUUAAAUUUUUAUUUUGUUGAUUCAUUUCACAAGCCUAACCUUCAUUUUCCCUCUGAGCCAAUAAAAAUUGUUAAUCAACUUUUUUUUUAUUUAAGUUUAAAACGUCAGAAUGAGCGAUAUCAAAUAAGUCAUUAAGCUUAUUGACAAAAUCCUUUUCAUUUCUUGUGUCUCAUAAUGACUUUCUAGUCGCGUGUUUUUGUAAUUUUCUCCAUUCAUUGUAUAAUAGUUCAAUUUUUUUAACGGAGUGACUUUUUUUUUAAUAGGUAUUCUGGUUUUUUGCAAAAUAUUUCGAUUUCAUUAUAUUUAUAUUAAAUACAUAUAUAUAUAUAUUAAUACAUAUAUAUAAAUGUAUAUUAAAUACAUUAAUGAAGCACUAUCGUGAACAUUUAAAUUAACCACGCGCAUAUUAUAAAAAAGAACAUAUAGUACUUGUUUAUUUGAUGGAAACUUACUGCCGACGAUUUGAUUUUACAUUUAAUUAAUUAAAUAAAUUUUAUUUGUAUCUCGAAGGUUCAUUUUAGAUGUUGAAGCCAUUUUUUUAAAAAAAUAUUAAAAUCUCAACUUGUCUUGAGUUGUAUAAUUAGAAACGUAAGUAUAAAAUAUAAGAAAAUUGUUGAAUAUGAAAUUCAUGAACAACGAACGACAGCUGAUUCGAUUAUGAUCUAAACUUUUCAAUUACUAGAUGACAUGCAAUCUUGGAAGGCGAAAUUUUAGUUGGUUAUAUACGUAGGCUCAUCUUUUCAAGAAUACCAGAUAAAACAAGACAAUCAAGUGUUUAAAAUUAAUAAUCAAUAGCAUUAUUUUGAAAAUGACUUUUUUAUUAGCCUAUAAACAACAUAAAUUUUAUGGCUCUAUAAGCUAUGAAGAUACUAAGAAAAACCGCAU